GCCGCGCUCUCUGUACCCACACACUGUACGUAAUAUACACCUAUACCAAGGUCACUCUGCGGCACCGAGCCCGCCGCUGUGUCCACGAUGCGGUUGUUGGGUGGCGACCUACAAGGGUAACAUUUUCUUUAUUCAAGCCAACGCAAUCCUUUUGCAUCAUCUUCCAGAACCACUUUGUUUUUGCUCGCCAGCAUCAAUUUCUCUCUCUGUCUUGUCUCCAAGACCCGUUUCAUACCUUCUCCACCGUUCAAGAGGUAGCUGUGCAUACCUCGCUUGUAACUGUCCUAAUGUGUGGAUCGGGGCGCUAAUAACACCCCUGCCGCUUGCCUAUCACCCCACCAUGGAGCCCAGCCUUUCCGCCCGCCUCACCGCUGGCAGUUGGAUGGAAGCAAGCCCCCACCUAUGCCCCGCCAUGAUGAGGGGCUUUGGGUCACCAACUUUGACCCAGGAGCCGUGCAAUGAUGCCAGACAAGGCUGUGACAUAUUAAUCAGGCACAGAUUAGGUUUUCAGUUUUGUCCUUCUUAACGAUUGGCACCGUCUUGUAUUUUCCAAUUUCCAUUGUUUUUAAUGAAGGGAAUUCUAAAAGUUGAAAGAAAUCCAAGUUUCGCUAUAUGCCUACCUCCUUAACUAAGCUUCCUUGACUAAGGUAAGUACCUCAGGUAAGGUAGGCACCUACCUAUCAUGGUUUCCAUACGAUUGUCAUUGGGAAACAAGAAAUAUGCUUGUAUGAAAUGGCUCGCGAGUACUCUGAAAUGACUUUCUCUAUUUCUUCUAAGGCAGGUCGCAGAUACCUCUGGGGUGGGGACGGAGAAUGCAGGUUGUGAAAUGGCAUUUUACUCAGACCUAACGAUACCUACAACUGCGAGGUACCUUGAACUGUACAGUACAACAAUGCAUAUAAGGCCAACUCACUCCAAGUGUAAUUUGAUAUCUUUAACCAUCUAUAAGGAAGUUUUUUUUGUCUACUCAAGGAGCGACUGGAGCAACGUCUUUCCCUGUUUAACAAAAUGUACACACUUUUUGGUAACAAGUUGAUGCCUUCAGAGUUACCGGCAUGGCCUACAACAUUUAUUUAUCAAAUAUCAUUCACAGCAAAAUG